CAGACUUGUGGUCUAUGUAAGUGAAUGCUCCCCUCUCCCACUCUUUCCUAGUGCUAGUGGAGUGUGCAGACACACAUACAGACACACACACAUUACUGUUACUAUUAGAACUACACACCAGUCUUGUAGCUCGUACUUACUUUGUGCUUUUGGAACUGAAGACUGAGGGCUCUAUUAUUGGUGACUCCCUUUUUCUGGAUUUAUUCUCGUGGCUGCACUGUAAACAGGAUUUUACUUUUUUUUCUUGAUCAUCAGAAGGACCAAGGUUAAAACAAGAGAGAGAGAGAGAAAGCUGAUUAUCCCUUCAGUAUGACAACAAGACAACUGUGAGGUUCCAGGCCUCUGGAAUUUUUUUUUUUUUUUUUAAACUCAUGGCUAAGGAGUUUAUUUUGAUGAAGUAUAAAGUAAAUGCUUCCUGAUACAAACACCUUGGAAAUCGUCUUGGUGUAAAGAAAGGGAAAGAAACAAUUGGGCAACCCCUACAUGUCGCUCUGUACAUGUGGGGUAGAUUUAUUUGGGAGCCAUCUACCGUGUACAAUUUACAGCUGGAUAAUCCAGACAAAAACAACAAAAAAAACGGGAAAAGGACUCUGAAAAGGACAGCAUCAGUCAAGCCUCAACAACGUGAAUGGUUUCCCCAAGGUGAAGCUAGACUUGCUUUUCUCACUGACACUGCAGAAAGGAGCUUUUAAGAGUUACAAAAGGUGUUAUUUGGGUUACGGCUGUUAACCACUACAUACAAAAAAAAAAGCCUCCGUGCACUGAAUCGCCUUCUUGCACAAGAGCAGGAAGCUUAAGGUUUGUCUUCAAGCAGAGGUGUUCUUUAUAUGCUUAUCUGCCAUGGUAAACCCUAUGUUGGAAUGAUCACUAAGAAUUGAGACUAGCCAGGAGGUCAACAGUAUAAACAAGGAUCAGCAACCAUUGCGAGUGCACGAAAUAACCAGGGACUGGACCAUAUUGUUGAAAAUUAUCUGCAUUGGAUUUCCGUGAGCAAAGGAUUUACUUGCACCUUUAAAUCAGUGUGUUAAGAAAUAUCCAUCUGGCAUACAAUUUCACCAUUAAGAAUGAUCUUCAAGUGCAACAGCUUCCUUCUCUUAUGGAUCCGAAUAGGACUAUGCCUCGGUUUGAUAGGUCACUCCGUCAGCGCUGCUUCCUGCCCCAAGUCAUGUCGCUGUGACGAAACGUUCAUUUAUUGCAAUGACCGAGGUCUGACUUCCAUUCCCAGUGGGAUUCCUGAGGAUGCUACAACCCUCUACCUGCAGAAUAACCGGAUAAACAAUGCAGGGAUUCCAGCAGGACUGCGGAAUUUGAACAAAGUGGAAAGAAUUUACCUCUACUGCAACAACUUGGACGAGUUUCCAACUAACCUACCAAAAUAUGUCAAGGAACUUCAUUUGCAGGAGAAUAAUAUUAGGACUAUCACACACAACUCACUAGCUCAAAUUCCUUAUAUAGAGGAACUGCAUAUGGAUGAUAACUCUGUUUCGGCAGUCAGUAUAGAUGAAGGGGCAUUUCAAGACAGCAACCGCCUUCGACUUCUGUUCCUUUCUCGGAAUCACCUUAGCACCAUCCCUGUAGGUCUCCCAACAACCAUCGAAGAGCUAAGAUUUGAUGAUAACCGUAUUUCUUUCAUAACUGAGCAGUCCUUGCAGGAUCUUAUAAACUUGAAACGUCUAGUUUUAGAUGGAAACCUUUUAAACAAUCAUGGAAUAGGAGAGAUGGCAUUUAUGAACCUUGUUAACCUAACUGAGCUGUCUUUGGUUCGCAACUCUCUCACAGCUCCACCAAGGAACCUGCCAGGCACUUCCCUAAAAAAGUUAAAUCUCCAGGAAAACCACAUCAACCGGAUGCCAGCCAAUGCAUUUUCUUAUCUCAGACAAUUAUACCGCCUGGACUUAUCCAGCAACAACUUGAGCAGUUUGCCCCUGGGUGUCUUCGAUGAUCUAGACAACCUAACCCAGUUGUUGUUGCGCAAUAAUCCUUGGUACUGUGACUGCAGAAUGAUAUGGGUGCGGGAUUGGUUGCGUAGCUUGCCAGCUAGGGUCAAUGUACGUGGGUUGAUGUGCCAAGCACCCGACAAAGUCAAAGGGAUGGCUAUUAAAGACCUUGCUAACAAUUUGUUUGACUGCAAAGAGCCAGAAAUACCCCCCACUGCUCAAAGCACAACUGUGGUUUCAAACACAUUGCCAACAUUCAGAGGCCAGUGGCCUGCAUCUGUGACCAAAAGACCAGCAGUCAAAGGACCUGACUUGAGUAAAAUCUACCACUCCACAACACCCCCAGCCAGGAAAAUCAUUACAAUAAGUGUGAAAUCUAUCAGCACUGAAACUGUUCACAUUUCCUGGAAAGUCGCACAGCCUCUGACAGCCUUGCGACUUAGCUGGCUGAAGAUAGGCCACAACCCUGCUUUUGGUUCCAUCACUGAAACUAUUGUUCAAGGAUAUACAACUGAGUAUUUACUCACAGCACUUGAGCCAGAGUCUUCAUACCGGAUAUGCAUGGUUCCUAUGGAAACCAAUAAUUUACAUCUGUCUGAUGAUACGCCUGUCUGUAUACAAACAGAGACUGCAUCUCUAAAAAUGUACAACCCCACAACAACUCUGAACCGGGAGCAAGAGAAGGAACCUUACAAAAACUCUAGCUUGCCUUUGGCAGCUAUUAUAGGAGGAGCUGUGGCACUUUUGGCAAUUAUAAUGCUAGCAUUGGUUUGCUGGUAUGUUCACAGAAAUGGCUCUCUGUUUUCAAGGAACUGUGCAUACAACAAAGGCCGUAGAAGAAAGGACGACUAUGCAGAGGCUGGAACCAAGAAGGACAACUCGAUCUUAGAAAUUAGAGAGACUUCUUUUCAAAUGAUACCAAUAAACAAUGAGCCAGUGUCAGUGUCAAAGGAGGAUUUUGUAAUACAUACCAUAUUCCCACCUAACGGCUUGAGCAUAUAUAAGAACAAUCACAGUGAAAGUAGCAGUAGCAACAGAAGCUACAGAGACAGUGGAAUUCCAGAUUCAGAUCAUUCUCAUUCAUGAUAAUGAACAACAUAUUUUAAGACAUUUUAAUAAAAAAGAAUAUGGGACUUGAAAACUGGUCGCUCUUCAAUUGCAAAACACUGGAUUUUAAAAGACUGAAGAAGCAAUGUUCUGUACAUUUGCCAUAUAAUUUAUAUUUAAGAACUUUUUAUUAAAAUAUUUGAAUUACAGGUUAUCACUGGACUGUGAGGGGACACCUGGUCACUAAUUGCAAUUCUAUAUAUUUUAGAAAUUUGUAGUAAUUUGUACUGUAUUAUCUUUGCUUAAGGUUUCAGACCAAUUAAAUAGUGUGUUCUGAAAUAUGACGACUUGUCAACUGUGAAAGUGUAUUUUUUUUUUUUACUGUGUUGAACAAUCAGACUUUUUAAAAAUGACAUUUCAGGACCUUGUAGUAUAAGCACAGGUCAUUUUUUACUUGGUUGGUAUUGUAACUGUCGACAAAACACAACAAUAAAAUGCAGUCAAAAUGGUCCAUUGCAGGGGGAACCACAGAAAAAUCACAUUUAAGAUCAAGUCUUCUCCAAAUAGAAGAAAAGGGAUUUUUCAUAAGAAUAUAUGUUGCAGUAUCAAUAAAUGUCAGGCAUUUUCUGCUUUGGAGUGGCAGUGCAAAGAUAAUGUUCCAUACCUGCCACUGCCUUAGGUUACUUGCCGUACAAAAUAAGCUAAGCACAGGCUAACACAACCGAAAACCUACCACAAACUGGAAAAUAACAAGCAGAGACUGUGGUCGUUAAAACAAAGCAUAACAACUCAAAAAGGUGAUAUUGCAAUGCAACAUUUUUCAACAUAGUGUACAAUACAUAAUAGCUUGGAAAAACAGGCAUUUAAAAAGCAAAAUAUUGCAUUCUGGCUUUUUUUUUUUAAUUAAUAAAUAAAUAAAUAAAUAAAUAAAUAAAUAAAUAAAUAAAUAAAAGUGUCAGCCGAUUUUUUUUUUUUUAAAACCACAAUUUAAAUGUUCUUUACAACUGAAAACCAAAGUGCAUUGUACGCCCUUUGGACAGUCUUGUAUGUGCCUUGAUCCAAUGCUUAUUGUAUUUAGCUUUUUAAAAAUCAGUGACUUAACUUUUCUCAUACAUACUUGCAUAUGAGAAAAGUUUGGUCAUAUUGCUGAAUAAAAGUGAAUUAAAACAAACUGUGUUGUGCUGAAUUCACUGUUGCAAUGUUACACUUCUAGGCAUCCUGGAUGCUGGUUCUGACUACCAAAAUAUCUCCUCAAAAUAACAAAAAAAUCUUUUGCAAGCAAUUACUACUCAGUCUGCAGACCUCAGAUAGACUUUUGUCUGCAAAGCCCUGUAAUGCAUCCAAUAUCUGGAUAAAGUGUGAGAUAUUAUUCAAUACCACAGAGAAGCUAGAAUUAGUAGAAAGCACAAAAUAAAACUCAAUUAGAUAUAA